UGUCACAGUGUUCCUCGAUCACUGUUACACAGAGGUAUUUGUUUGUAGUGCAUGAGUCUGAGCUUUUUUGAAUUUCCUCUUUGUUUGUUUGUUGUUGUUGUUGUUUUUUCAGUAAAAAAUGGACAGAAAUUUGGGUCUGAUCCUGCUCCUGCUGCUUCUCUGCCACAAAGGCAGCGGAGAGUUUUGUCCAUACGGAUGCCAGUGUUUCACUCCGGUCCAAGUGCUAUGUGCUGAUGAAAAAAUGAUGUCUUUACCCAAGAAUAUUUCCAGGCAGGUCAAGGACUUUAUUGUAAUGACUUCGGCUGUGAAGUACCUGUUCUCUCACACUUUGGAGGGGAGUCCUCAACUCACCAAACUUAUCUUCCUGAAUAACCCACUGCAAAGUAUUCACUCUCAGGCAUUCAAAAAUUUGACUGAGCUUCAGGAACUGGAGAUCAGCGGGAACCCCUUGGAUCAUUUAUUUCUAGGAACUUUUUCAAAGCAAGGAAAUUUGACUAAACUGCUGCUCAACUUCAACAGGUUCCAGACGGUGCUUCCUGGUAUGUUUGACUCCUUGAAACAGCUAGAAACUCUGCAAAUGAAGGGCAAUGUCAUAUCAGAUCUACCUGCAUUUCUUUUCCUGAACCUUCAAAAGCUGCGUGUCCUGGAUUUGUCCCAAAAUAAGCUUGAGGGAGUAAAAAAAGAAACUUUUUGUGGUCUGGAAAAGCUAGAGAUCCUGAAAAUGAACAAUAACCUCAUCAGCAAUUUUACAUCUGACACAUUUCACAAUGUUUCUCAGCUGAUAGAGCUUCAUCUGGAAGGGAACAUGAUAACAAAACUUCAUGAUGGCAUCUUUGCUGUGUUAACUGAAUUGCAGGUGCUGAAUCUCCGUGGGAACCUUCUUACAACCUUUAGCGAUAAAGUGUUUGGAUUUGAAGGCUCAAAUUUGUCGGAGCUGAACCUAAAAGGCAACAGACUAACUGAGCUGUCCUCUCUAAGCAGUCUGACCUUACUUACCAACCUCAUCCUGUCCUCUAACCAGCUCUCCAACCUUACUGGAGACAUUUUUAGAAAUGUUACAGCCCUGAUGAACCUGGACCUGUCUGAAAACCAGAUCACUUCACUGCCUGAAACAAUCUUUAAUGAUCUGUCUGAUAUUAGGACAAUCUACCUGCAAAAGAACAAUCUCAGCACUUUGGAUGCCAAACUGUUCAAGAGCCAGGAAUUCAUUCAGCAGCUCUACCUGUCUGACAACCAACUGGAGAGUCUCCCAGAGGACCUUUUCGACCAUUUUAUCCUGCAGUACACCGUGAGGCUGCAUGGAAACCCUUGGAAAUGUGACUGCCACAUAUGGUACCUGCAUGACUGGGUGUUGGAAAAUAGCAAAAACAUGGAGAUGCUGGACAGGGUGGUAUGUGAAAGCCCAGACCUUUUGAAAAAACAGGCAGUCAUGUCCAUCGACAAGGAUCAGCUGGUCUGUCAUUUGUCCAGAGAUGAGAUGUCAGAUCUCAGCACCUGUAGCCUACAAGCAUCAAAUGGCAUCAUGAUCAUGAAGUGUAAAGUAGAUAAAUGUUCCCCACUGACAGUGAAGGUACAGUUUCAGAAGGAUGAUGGCAACAUUAAGGAGUAUGUUGUGAAAAAUGAGCAUGAACCCUCACAAUGUAGCAACGAGACACUGAUCGAGAGCCCCAUUUAGUAGUUUUCAGACUUUUUCUGUGUGCAAAUUGCUUCACACUCAGAGUCACGUUAUAUGUUCUGUGACUGCCAGAGUCAAUACUCUAAACAAACCUCUAACUCACCAGCUGAUAACUACUAUACAUAAAUGUGACUGAAUGAUAAGAAAGGUGAAUGAACCUUUUUUUUUAAAGUUCAAAGCUCAACUCAGUUUCCGAAGAUCUUGUCAAAGAAACAAUGAGUAAUCUGUCAGUCAUCUGCUAACACAUGCUUUUCCUGUGAUUAAAACUCCAGUAGAUGUCAGUGGUUCUCUGCUCUGUGUAAACUGCCAAUGCUAGAGUCCCCUCAGACAGAACAGUCAUCACUGACACAGUGCAGAGUAGUUAUGAAUAUGUUAGUGCAUAAUUUUGUUUUCAGCAAAUUUGAGGUUAGUUUCUUGUGAAUAAAAAAAUUAAUAAAAUGUAAUAUUUGCUUCAUGAAAUUACUGGAUUGAAUUUUCAAGGCAGGAAAAUGCGUUAAUCCUUAAAUCAGUGAUACAGAUUGUAUUAAGUGUCUUGAAAGGCAUGUGGUGUAAAAAUCACCAUACAAAUUACCGUGCAGUGAGGGCCAUCUGAUAUCCCUAUGUUGGUGUUGUUCCUGCAUUAUCAUCAUCAUAAGUUUCUCCAGGACUGACAUUGCUACUAACCAGUUGCAUUGUUGUCUGUCAGCUUGAAAUGUGGAAUAAAAAAAGGAAAAAUG